AUGCAACUUGACCGCAGAGCCAGACUCGUUGCCUCUCUGACUGUGAGUCCCAGCAGCUCUCAGCUGUUUGAAGGAGAGUCUGUCUCUCUGAGCUGUGAGGAGGACGACAGCUCUGCUGGAUGGACGCUGAGGAGGAACACAACCAGAGAAACCAGGACUCAGUGUGGAGCUGGCUGGGGAAGAUCAGCUGGUUCUUCAUGUACCAUUGGCUACUUUGACCCAUUGGACAGUGGAGUUUACUGGUGUGAGUCCAGAGAGGGAGCAACCAGUAACACCAUCAACAUCACUGUCCCUGGUGGACCAGUGAUCCUGCAGAGUCCUGUCCUCCCUGUGAUGGAGGGACAUGAUGUCACUCUGCACUGUAAAACAGAGACCCCUCCCUCCAACCUCCCAGCUGGUUUCUAUAAAGAUGGCUCCCUCAUCAGGACUGAGCCUACAGGUCACAUGACCAUCCACCAUGUUAACAAGUCUGAUGAAGGCCUCUACAAGUGUAACAUCAGCGGUCGUGGAGAGUCUCCAUCC